AUUUGCGGAUUAAUUGUUCUAGGUGAUUUACGUCUGAUAAUGGUGGCCAAGUAAACUGCGAGAGUCUUUCAAGAAAACAGCCAUGAGUUCAGAAAUAGAGCCCCAUAUUACCAAAAAGUAUGAAAUCAAGAAACGGUUAGGAAAAGGGGCUUAUGGCAUUGUCUGGAAGGCAGUGGAUAGAAGAACUGGAGAAGUUGUGGCUGUCAAGAAAAUCUUUGAUGCCUUUAGAAAUCAAACAGAUGCACAGAGAACAUUCCGAGAAAUCAUGUUUCUUCAAGAAUUUGGGGACCAUAACAACAUCAUAAAAUUACACAAUGUGAUCAAAGCAGAAAAUGACAGGGACAUCUACCUUGUCUUUGAAUUUAUGGAGACUGAUCUUCACAAUGUCAUAAAAAGAGGGAGCAUUCUGAAGGAUGUCCACAAACGUUACAUCAUGUAUCAACUGUUCAAAGCCACCAAGUACCUCCAUUCUGGCAAUGUCAUACAUAGAGACCAAAAGCCAUCCAAUAUAUUACUGGACAGUGAGUGUGUUGUUAAGGUCUGUGAUUUUGGACUUGCCCGCUCGCUGACCCAGAUUGGUGUGGAUGCUGAGACAGGAGACCCAAACCUGACAGAAUACGUGGCCACUAGGUGGUACCGGGCCCCAGAAAUCCUACUGGCUUCUCACAGGUACACAAAGGGUGUGGACAUGUGGUCCUUGGGUUGUAUCCUUGGGGAAAUGUUGGGAGGGAAACCGCUUUUCCCUGGAUCCUCUACUUUGAACCAGAUUGAGAAAAUUAUGAGUACGAUUCCUUUGCCAUCUAAAGAAGACAUUGACAGUAUCAAGUCAGCUUAUGGUGCUUCUAUUCUAGAAAAAGCUACACUAAAGUCUAAGAAAUCAUUAGAAGAGCUGUUACCAGAUGCCCCUAAAGAUGGCAUAGACCUCCUAAAGAGACUGCUCCUGUUUAAUCCAGACAAGAGGAUUACUGCUGAUGAGGCCCUUAGACAUCCAUAUAUCUCCAGGUUCCACAAUGCUGCAGAGGAGAUCUCAUUGAAUUAUGAUGUUGUUCCCCCGCUGAGUGAUGACGUUCAGCUGACAGUGGAGGAGUAUAGAAACAAAUUAUAUGAGAUGAUAAUUCAGAAGAAACAGGAGAGGAGGAGAAGGCGACAUGAGAUCCGCAGUGCACAGCAGCUGAGGGAGUCCAGCCCUGAGGAAAAUCCUCCUCCCAGUGAACCAUUUCAGAAAGAGAACACAAUGCCUGCUAAGUUUUCAUCCUCCAAAUACAACAAGCCCGUGGCCGAGGUGCAUCCCAGCUCAGCCCCCCACCACCAGUCCUCCUUCACUUCAGCUUUUGGGAGGACAACACACACUGACUCAAAAGACAUGAGGUCGAGGCAGCAGAGCCGACAGAAGACGUACGACCAGAUUCCAGCCUCACAUUCCAGUACUGCUGCUAUGCAGUUGUAUGACAUUUUUGUUCGGGCACAAAAUCCAAGACUUCAAACAAACCCAUUCCUAUUGGGUAGAAACCAGAUGCAGGAUCCUUAUCCCCCCAUAUCAAAGAACCGACAAACAUCGGCCCCCGCGGCCACAAGAGCUGGAUCUCGACCCACCUCUAAAUAUGGUAAUCAGCCAUCCAUGACAAAAGACGACCGAGGAGGAUUAUCCGUCACCAGCUCUCGACUGUUAGGCAUUGGUCGGUUGAUAAAAUGUGCAAUGGACCCACCACUACCACCCAUAAGAUCUUCAUAUCAAGCAUAUCGUGAUUCGUACCAUGACCCAUAUCAGCGUGGGGGUGGUAACUCGUACCAUAAUAUAUUCUACGAUUCAUAUCAAGAGGGGGAUGUACCAGGACAAAGGCCAGUAUCUGCUACAACCCAGAAACAGAAACCAAUCUAUGGAAAAAAGCAGUUCAACAAUGCAAUAAAUAACCCUUCCCAUGGUGCCCCUAAAGCUUACUUUGGAAGCUACACCCAGAACGUGGGAGUUAUCUCCUCCUCUGGACUAGCCGCUUUACAGGGAGGUAAAAAAUCAUGAUGGUCUUCUGCAGAGCACUCCGUCUCCAUGGAAACAUAUCUGCUGUGUACUUAUUAUCUGGCCAAUCAAAAUUCAUCAGGUUUUGAGAUUUUCUGUUAGACUGUCUAGUGGAUCUUUAGAAAUAAGACUUGGUAAUUUAUAGUACAAUACAUUUUUCUGGAAAUAUUGAUUUUGUGUAAAGUGUAUGUCUAAUAUACAGGCAUAGACAUUGAAAAUUAUUUUGAUAUUUUAAACAAGAGACAUUGCAGGGAUUAUAUUGGAGUGGAAUAUCGUGAACAUGCUUACUCAGAUUGCCAUACAGAAGUUUAAUCAGUUUGGAUGGUACUUCAAUAUUCUGCAUUUAAUGAUCUCUUUAAAUGUUUCUGUAUCCAGUUAUUUCACUCAGUUUAUCUCCCUUCACUCUUUGCACUUUUCAUGAAAUGUCUAAUGUACUUUAUCAUCUACAACAUUUUAGAAGUUGGGUUUCAGUAACUUAUUGUACAAAAAGAUUAUUGCUCUAAUACAUGUUUAAGUACUUAGAGUAACUGAGUGGGAUUGUUUCUUCUUAAUCUUUGCAACUGAAGA